UGCACUAGGGUGCCAAAUCUGAUAAGUUGACUUUUUUUUACUUGCGCCUGGUAGGACCAUGCUUUGUUGGAUCAUGGGAUUGCACCUUAGUAAUCAAAAGGAUACAUGGGAUUGCCACCACUAUGAAAUAUCAUUGCUAAUUCCAAUUUUUUUUUUGGAAUUCAUUUUUUAAUACGCUGUCAUACUAACAAAAUGGUGGAACUAAGCGUUUGCGUGACUUGAACUAAACAGUGCCCUCAAGUGGCUAGACCAUCUUUUAGUAAAUUGGACAGCAUACAGAAAAGUUUUAACCGAAGAUAAGAAUUGGUAAAAGCAGUAUAUUCAUAUUAUCUUAAAAUGGACCAAAUGCUUCCAAGUCCUGGGUUUAGCAUACCUAGUAUAGGUACACCGCUUCAUCAGCCUGAAGAAGAUCAACAAAUUUUGCCAAAUGCUCUCCAGCAACAGCAACAACAACAGCAGCCCUCGCAACAAUAUCAGUUACAACAGUUACAUUCAAUGAGUCCCAAUAUGCAAAGUGGAAUGUUGAUGUUAACGCCACAAAAAACUAUGCACACUUAUGCACCAGCUCCGCCUUUUGCAACACCACAAAGUCUCAUGCAGCCACAAACUCCGCAAAAUAUGAUGUCUCCUAUAGUUCCAUCCACAAGUCAAGUACAGCCGCCAUCAAUGGGCCCAUCCACUCCCGGACCAAUGACCCCUAUGACACCCGCUUCCGCAGAUCCUGGAAUUCUUCCACAAUUGCAAAACAUAGUCUCAACAGUUAAUUUAAACUGCAAAUUAGACUUAAAAAAAAUAGCCCUCCAUGCGAGGAAUGCUGAAUAUAAUCCAAAACGAUUUGCUGCCGUCAUUAUGAGAAUAAGAGAGCCGAGAACUACUGCUUUAAUAUUUAGUAGUGGGAAAAUGGUAUGCACAGGUGCAAAAAGUGAAGAAGAUUCUCGUCUCGCUGCAAGAAAAUAUGCUCGUAUUAUUCAGAAGCUGGGCUUUCCGGCAAAGUUCCUAGAUUUCAAAAUACAAAAUAUGGUCGGCAGCUGUGAUGUUAAGUUUCCUAUUAGAUUAGAAGGACUGGUUCUUACACAUGGUCAGUUCUCUUCUUAUGAACCAGAAUUAUUCCCCGGAUUGAUAUACCGAAUGGUGAAACCUCGCAUAGUACUACUUAUUUUCGUAUCUGGAAAAGUUGUACUCACAGGUGCAAAAGUAAGGCAAGAAAUUUAUGAAGCUUUCGACAACAUAUAUCCUAUUCUCAAAAGUUUCAAGAAACAGUGACAGGAUCAUUCAUAAUUUUUUAUGAUUAUUUGCUUGAUUUCUCUAGAUUUUUUGACUCGUCGAAAAUCCUUUUCCUUGGUAAAUGACGAAUUUAAAACUUAGCAUAAUGUAUGUUUCAGAUAAUGUACGUAUAUAUUAUAAAAUAUUUCUCUUACGAGAAAUUAACACUUAUCUUAAUUAAUCAUUUGAAACUCUUGAAAGUUAAAACGCUUUUCUUCGGAAUUGUACACCGAGAAAAAUGUAAAUUUGCUUAGACUCCAAUCACUUUCGGUAUGCCAUACCAUAAGCAAACCUCUACGGCACACUUGUACUGUUUUCGCAUCACUAGUUCAUAUAUGAAAAUCGAAACAAAUUUUUCUCGGUAUACUCAUUAUAUGAAAAUUUUAUUUUAUAUCUCAAGGCUCUGAAAUAAUUAUGGACUUUAGUAAGUAUCGGUAAGGAAUGUUUAUGAUAAGAUUAUCGAUGCACAAAAUUAUGUUAUAAUUUAAGUCAGAAUGUUAAUUAAUCUAAGUUUACUCCUUGAAUUUAUAAAAUAUCUUUUAUAAUAUUAUUUGAGCUUGCAAGGUGUGUACACAAAACAUUGAACAUGGAUUUUAAUAACAUUUUGUGGGCGAAAACGGUCUGGUAUGAAAUGAAAAAAGCUCAAACAGUUUGCAUAAAUAGAAAGCGAUUGCCGAGAACAAGGGUUUGAAAGAAAUUCAAUAGAAAAUAUGUAUGAAUAUUACAAAUACAGUAAUAAAUUGUAAAAAAAUAUAUUUCUAAA